UUAUCUUUUCUCGAUAACACUUGCCAUUUCUUGUAAUGUAUUGGUUUUUGUACUUCUACUAUGAAAUUUGAGAUUCUGUUUAGUUCCCAGCAAUGUAGAUAUAUACUUCAUCUGGUCUGUGAUUAAAUAUACUACGGCGAUGAUCGACACACCGCCCCCCCCCCCCCCCCCCAAGAAUAAUUUCUGCAAACUCCCACGUACACUAGGAGAUGCUGACGAUAAAGAUCAUUCCACUUCUUUGCCUACUGCAGCUAUGCUACCACUUUCGACCAGUUUCAUCAAAGAUCUUCGGGUUUUCUAACGUCAUCAACACGCGAUGUAGGAUAGAUAGGUUCAGGAGGUCUGAAGAUAGUAGUGAAGAAGAAGGAGAAAUGACAGAGCCGACACACACUGAUCUGGGUAGACUGUCGGUCGAACCUAUAAGUUUGAUCAGCGUGCGUCGCAAACCUGCAAGGUUCAGCAGAAAUUCGUAUAUCCAAGACAUAGGAAGCACAGAGAUAGCAAACAAAGUCAGACGAGCUAUUGUCUCAAAACCUAAGCCAACAACGAAAGACUUUCUUACAAAGGUGCCCCGAAAAAUUUCCAGGAUGAGACGUCAAGAAUUUAAGCCCAAUGUAGGCUUUACGAAAAUGGAAAUAAAGACAAACAAAACUAAGGACAAUCCCUAUCGAAGUGAAGGGUCUAUAGUGAGCAUGCCACGUAAGUCUGGUAGAUAUAGAAGGGAUACAUAUCUUAAGGUUGAGAGUUAUAUCGACGGAAAUGAAAUAACAGAAACGAACAAGGAGCAAGCUACUGCUGCCAAUCCUGAGCUAGGCCGGCCAGUAACUUAUUUAUGCAAUAGAAGUUUUUCAGAAACGGAAAUAAAGUCAAUCGAACGAGUGGGGAAGAACAUAUACCCCACGCGUAUGGAAACCGCUUACAAGUUCCUAGUAGAUAUACCCCAUAAGCCUGGCAAAUACGGGAGGGAUUCAUAUCUUAGACUCCAAACAGGCAUUCAAGAAAACGCAGCUAGCAUAGAAACGAAAAAAGCCCAAAAUACUACUGCCAUACCUGAGCAAGAACUCGCUUAUUCACUAAUACAUGUACCUCGUAAGCUUUCUCGAUUCAGAAGAACCUCACCUACCAGAGUUCAAAGAAGUCUCGAAAAGGACGAUGCUAGGAUGGAAACCAAGCAGGAACAAAUCGAUACUGUCAGACCUGGGGUACAUUCUCAUAUACCUCAAAAAGUACUGAUAUAUGUACCUCGUAAAGCUUCUAGAUUCAAGAGGGGUUUACAUUUAAGGCCCCAUCAAACACAUGAUUGUUCAAGCUCAGAUAAAGCGAUGAGGCAAAAAAGGUCUGUUGCUAUCGGGCCUCAGGACGUGUUGGAAGAACUAUUGCUGAGUGUACCUCGUAAGCGUGGAAGAUUCAGAAGAGGCUUAUAUCAAAGGCCUUAUCAGAGAUGCGAUUGUUCAAGCUCAGACUUUACCUCAGAGAAUACGAGUUUAGCGACGAGGCAAGAAAUGUCUGUUACUACCAUCCCUUCGAACAUGAUUGAGGAACUUUUGUUAAGUGUACCUCGUAAGCGUGGCAGAUUCAGAAGAGGUUUGUACCUAAGGCCUUAUCGGGAACACGACUGUUUACGCUCAGAUCUUAACUCGCACGGAAGGGUCAAAAGGGACAUCAUAGGGGAAGCUGGGAUAGCGGUGAAACAAAGAAGAGCUAUACCCGUCAGACCUCAUUCUCAUGGUAGACUUAAGGGAUAUUUGAUGAAUGUGGUAAAUAAGCGUGGAAGAUACAGAAGAGGUUUAUAUUUCAAGCCAUCAAUGAAAACGUGGUUGCCUAUAAAUAGGCUUUAG